GUCAUUGUAAACACAGCCGAAGAGAAACUGAAUCUUCAAUUCUAAAUCAAGGUUGUUGGAGUCAGCGAGGACUUGAAAUCUAAAAAUUAUGAGUGCCCUGCAAAAUGAUUCGUGGAGGCUGGGAACGCCAGAACUGAUACAACAGAUAGCCAUGCUAGCAUGGCUGAACAAGGCUGAGAAUGGCGAGGAGUUCUUCAAGUUGGUCUCAACAGCCAGGGUGUGGUACGAGCUUUACCAACGGGCCAGCCAUAAUGAUGAAAUUGAUGCUUACAAGGCAGAGACUGUCUUAGCGAUUGCAAACUAUGUGAAGAGUCACCCUCGUGCAUCUCGAGAUGAACUGACAAAAGAGAUUGAGAAGCAGAUCCAGGCAUUUGCUGCCAAGAUAGAGGCCCUAUGAGCUACAUUUGUUUAAUGCCUUUGUAUAUAAAUAGUAUAGUACUAAAUAGAAUCCCAUGUUUACUAUAUUAUUUGUCUAUUAAUGAAGUCUGUAUUAAUACUAAAUAUGGCAUUGUUGUCAAAUUUUCACAAAUUCAUCACAGUUUAUCUGUCUUGAGUUUCAAAUGAAAUGCAACAAAGGCAUUUUAUCCAUUGUUCACCCUGUUACUACUUCCUCCAGACCUUUUGGACUUGAGAGGGAAUUGUGACAAUUUUUACUAGCUGAGCUGUUGUACUGUGAAUCUUUGAGAGGCAGCUGUGAUAGAAUCCUGAUAAAUUAGGUGUACGUAAAGCUGGAAUACAUUGUAGAGAACAAUCAAGGGCCAACACUUCAUGAUUCAGACACAAUCGUAAGCACUGAAUACCUGGUCCAUGGUACCGGCAUGGUAUUUGUUGCAAUGUUGUAAUGUACAUGUAGUAUAUCUGGAUUGCUUGUCAUCUGUUGGGUUGCCUUAAAAACAGUGCAUGAUGGAGAGUAUGAAGCCACCAUAUGACACUGUAUAGGGGGUGAUGUUCAUGAUAUAGUGGUACAUCUAUAAUAUGUCUUACAUUCAUGCAGAAUCUCGCAUCAGAAUGGCAUAUUAUGGGUUUUUUUAAUUGUUUUUCCUUUUUGAGUGAUAUUUAAUACAUUUUAGUCGUUGUGAAGUCCGAAAAAUUAUUCAUAAUCCGCUUCAAUUUUUUGCUCCCCACAAAAAGUGUGGGGCAUGAUUCAAUAGCCCACCCCCCUUAAAAAGAAGGGGGAUAUUGCCCUCCCUCCUUGUUGAUGCCAAUGGGUGCAUUCAAUUAGCUUACACGUGUACAUGUAAGUCAAACUUACUCGAGAGCAUUCAUUUAGCCAUCACGUGAUUUUCAUGCCUGCC